AUGAAGCAAAACGUUUUACGUGCAGAUGAUGUACUAUCGUACAACUGGACGAUCAGCGCGCCGUGCUACCCCACCAUCACCCUUAGCGGUGCCGUCGUGACGCUGGAUUUGUCCAAGUUGGCACAGAAUGCGAUGGACGGGGAUCCGUACACGUUGUACUACAUCUGGGCUGUGUUCGAUAUGUACGAUAAUGACAUCCCUGUUUUUAACAAGACCUUGACCUCCGACCAAGGCUGCAUCACCAGCUUCACGGCGACGGAGCUGCACCAGGGACGCUCUCUGAAGAAGUACAAAAUCCUAGUAGACGUGACCAACGUGGACACGUGGGAUAAGGGCGACGGUGGCAUUCUGGGAACAGAAACCUUCAUCCAGGUGCUGCAAUGCCCCAUCACGCCCAGCUGGCCGCUACCUGUCGUACUGUUCGACAGCCCGGAGUCCUUCACCCUCGCCUGCGGUACAACCGUACAGCUGGACGCCAGUACUGCGCUGGCAUGGGCCACGGCCAAGUACAGCAAGGUACCCAGCACGCAAGUUCUCCGCUGGUCACUGCACAAUGCUUUUGACGUGGUGGUGUGGGCGACGGACAGUGCGCCGCCGUACUAUAACCUGGACGGUACGGCACUGGUGAAGAAUGGCGCCAUCUUGGCGGGUGCCACCUACACAUUGAGGCUGCUCAUCAUCCUAGAUACACAUGACUUCGACAACGACGCUUGGGAGACCAAGGUGUCUGUCGAGGCCUGCCUGUCCGGGGCGUAUCCGAAUCCACCCCCGCCGCCACCAAGCGCCAAGCCUCCUUCGCCACCGCCUCCCCCGCCGCCAUCCCCGCCACCCAAAUCGCCACCACCAUCCCCGCCACCACCAUCCCCGCCACCCAAGCCGCCACCACCAUCCCCGCCACCGCCACCCCCUCCGCCGUCCCCGCCACCCAAGCCGCCACCACCAUCCCCCCUGACAAAAUCGCCACCACCGUCCCCGCCACCCAAAUCGCCACCACCAUCCCCGCUGACCAAAUCGCCACCACCAUCCCCGCCACCCAAAUCGCCACCACCAUCCCCACUGACAAAAUCGCCGUCCCCUCCGCCGCCCAAAGCCACGUCCCCUCCCCCGCCACCCCUCGCGACGCCUCCUCCUGUUGUCAACUCCCCGCCACCUACAAGCACGGCUCAGAAGUCCCCACCACCGCUUAAAGCCCCGCCCCCUUCACCGCCCCCUUCACCGCCGCCCCCCAAGCCGUCCUCACCACCGCCGCCGCUGCUCAAACCACCACCGCUCAAGGCACCGCCGUCCCCAGGGAAACUUAAGUCGCCCAAAUUAGAGCCGCCGCCCACUCCUGAUUCUCCAGAACUGGGUGAUUAG